UUUGAAAAGGAUGACGCUCCGCUCGGAGGGUUCUUGCCCCCUGGAGGAUAAUGGGCUGAAACGCGGCUGAGGCUGCCUGAGCACAAGGAAUACGCACACGGAGCCGCAAACAGCAGCUUUCCCGGAGACGUCGGCCAUCCAUCCAUCCAUCCAGCCCCGCUCCCCGUCAGCGUGUGCACAAUGAAUGUUUUCUUCAACUUGAGGGGCUCCAUUGUGAGACAGAUGGUGGAGGACAGAGCAGCUCCAGAGGCAGCCAUGAGCCCUCCACGCCGAUCAUCGAGUUCCCAUGGCGACAGCAGGACCUCAACGGAGACCCUUCAGAGGAACAACAGCAGCAACUCUGGUGUCAUCUUGGACAUUGCUGCUCUCAAGAUGGCUGAAGUGGAUACCGAAGUGCCUCCCCUUCCGCCUCGCUACCGCUUCAGGGACCUCCUGCUGGGCGACCAGACCUUUCAGAACGAAGACAGGGUGCAGGUGGAGUUCUACGUCAACGAAAACACCUUCAAGGAGAGACUGAAGCUUUUCUUCAUCAAAAACCAAAGGUCAAGCUUGAGGAUCCGCCUGUUCAACUUCUCCCUGAAGAUCCUCACCUGCGUGCUCUACAUCGUGAGAGUCAGCCUGGACGAUCUCAAGGAGACCAACGGAAACCCCUGCUGGCCCAAUUCAACAUCGGAGUCACCAGAAAUCAACUGGAAGUUGAUUUUCUGGGUUACCAGACCGGAUCCAUUGUGGGCUAUCCAGGUGACCGUGGCUUUAAUCAGUUUUUUGGAGACCAUGCUGAUCACAUAUCUCAGCUACAAGGGCAACAUUUGGGAGCAGAUAUUCCAGAUAUCCUUCAUAUUGGAGAUGAUCAAUACAGUGCCAUUUAUUAUCACCAUCUUCUGGCAUCCUUUACGAAACAUAUUUGUUCCAGUUUUUCUAAACUGCUGGCUUGCCAAAGGGGCGCUGGAAAACAUGAUUAAUGACUUCCACCGUGCCAUCCAGAGGACACACUCGGCCAUGUUCAACCAGGUGUUCAUCCUCAUCUGCACUUUACUGUGUCUGGUUUUCACCGGAGCGUGCGGCAUCCAGCACCUGGAGAGAGCCGGAAAGAACCUGACCCUGUUUGACUCCUUCUACUUCUGCAUCGUGACCUUCUCCACCGUAGGCUACGGAGAUGUGACGCCUCAGAUUUGGCCCUCGCAGCUACUGGUGGUCAUUCUCAUUUGCGUGGCCCUGGUGGUGCUCCCGCUGCAGUUUGAAGAACUCGCCUACCUGUGGAUGGAGAGCCAGAAAUUAGGCGGGAACUACAGUCGCCACCGAGCACAGACGGAGAAGCACGUGGUGUUGUGUGUCAGCUCGCUGAAGAUAGACCUGCUGAUGGAUUUCCUCAACGAGUUCUACGCUCAUCCCAGGUUGCAGGAUUAUUAUGUGGUGAUCCUGUGUCCCACCGAUAUCGAUAUUCAGGUCCGCCGCAUCCUCCAGAUACCUUUGUGGUCCCAGAGGGUCAUUUAUCUUCAAGGCUCCGCCCUCAAAGACCAGGACCUGAUGAGGGCCAAAAUGGACGACGCCGAGGCGUGUUUCAUCCUGAGCAGCAGGAACGAGGGUGACCGAACUGCCGCAGAUCAUCAGACUAUUUUGAGGGCUUGGGCCGCAAAGGACUUUGCUCCUAACUGUCCGCUCUACGUGCAGAUUCUCAAGCCGGAGAACAAAUUCCAUGUGAAAUUUGCCGAUCACGUCGUGUGUGAGGAGGAGUUCAAGUACGCCAUGCUUGCACUCAACUGCGUGUGUCCGGCCAUGUCCACCUUAGUGACGCUCCUCGUUCACACCUCCAGAGGACAGGAAGGGCAGUUGUCGCCGGAGCAGUGGCAAAGGAUGUACGGACGCUGUUCCGGCAACGAGGUCUACCACAUCCGAUUAUGCGACAGCAAGUUUUUCGGGGAGUACGACGGCAAGAGUUUCACUUACGCCUCCUUCCACGCUCACAAAAAGUACGGCGUGUGCCUGAUCGGUGUGAAGCGGGAAGACAACAAGAGCAUCCUGUUGAACCCCGGCCCGCGCCACAUCAUGGCCGCCACCGACACCUGCUACUACAUCAACAUCACCAAGGAGGAGAACUCGGCCUUCAUCUUCAAACAGGAGGAGAAGCACAACAAGAGCCUGUCGGUCUCCGGGCUCUACGACGCCCCCUCCAGGCUGCCCGUGCACAGCAUCAUUGCCAGCAUGGGCACCGUGGCCAUCGACCUCCAGAACCCCGAUCCGCCGGAAGAAAUCAACAAGCUGGCUUUGCCCACGGAGAACGGCUCCGGGAGCCGCAGGCCGAGCAUCGCCCCGGUCCUGGAGAUCGCAGACUCCUCCGCCAUUCUACCGUGCGACCUCCUUAGUGACCAGUCAGAGGACGAGACCAACCAAUCGGACGAGGAGGGCUCCGUCGGAUCAGAUUUUGUGAAAGGCUACCCUCCCAACUCGCCCUACAUCGGCAGCUCUCCCACACUGUGUCACCUCCUUCCUCAGAAAGCUCCAUUUUGCUGCCUGCGCCUUGACAAGGGCUGCACGCACAACAGCUUCGAAGACGCCAAAGCGUACGGCUUCAAGAACAAGCUGAUUAUCGUGUCGGCCGAGACGGCGGGCAACGGCUUGUACAACUUCAUCGUCCCCCUGCGAGCGUACUACCGACCCCGGAAGGAGCUCAACCCCAUUGUGCUUUUGCUGGACUACCCGCCAGACAACCACUUCUUAGAGGCCAUUUGCUGCUUCCCGAUGGUCUACUUCAUGGCCGGCACCAUCGAUAACUUGGACAACCUACUGCAGUGUGGAAUCAUCUACGCCGACAAUUUGGUGGUUGUGGACAAGGAGAGCACCAUGAGUGCCGAGGAGGACUACAUGGCCGACGCCAAAACCAUCGUCAACGUCCAGACUAUGUUCAGAUUAUUCCCGAGCCUCAGCAUCAUCACCGAGCUCACGCAUCCGUCCAACAUGAGGUUCAUGCAGUUCCGAGCCAAGGACUGCUACUCGCUGGCUCUUUCUAAACUAGAGAAGAUCGAACGAGAUAAGGGCUCCAAUCUGGCCUUCAUGUUCCGCUUACCCUUUGCGGCAGGGAGGGUGUUCAGUAUCAGCAUGCUGGAUACGCUGCUCUACCAGUCAUUUGUGAAAGACUACAUGAUAGCUAUAGCCAGGCUGCUUCUGGGUUUGGACACGACACCCGGUUCCGGGUAUCUGUGCGUUAUGAAGAUCACAGAGGAGGACCUGUGGAUCAGAACGUACGGCAGACUCUUCCAAAAACUCUGUUCCUCCAGCGCCGAGAUCCCCAUCGGGAUCUACCGCACCGAGUCGCACAUGUUCUCCACAUCCGAGUCUCAGGUGUCCAUCAACGUGGAACAAGGCGAGGAGCAGCAACGCAAGCGCAAGGAGUCGUGGAAGGAGAAGACGGCGCACCGGAACUCCAGCGCAGGCGAGCAGUCGGAGCACCCGCUGCUGAGGAAGAAGAGCAUGCAGUGGGCCCGGCGCCUGAGCAGGAAGAGCACCAACAAGCCCUCCAGCCGGGCCGAGCGCAUCUCGCAGCAGCGCCUCAACCUGUACCGCCGCUCCGAGCGCCAGGAGCUGUCCGAGCUGGUCAAGAACCGCAUGAAGCACCUGGGCCUGCCCACUGUGGGAUACGAUGAGAUGAACGACCACCAGAACACGCUGUCCUACGUACUCAUCAACCCGCCUCCGGACACCAUGCUGGAGCUCAACGACAUUGUGUACGUCAUCCGCUCCGACCCGCUGGCGCACAUGCCCGAGGAGUCCCAAGUAGGCCAGAAUCGGAACACUCGCAACCCGACGCACUUUGUCUCUGAAACCAGAGACGAAACGCAUCUAUGAGCCACGCACGCACGCACGCACACUGGGCAGCGUGACCUUUGCUACUUGUUUCCACUGAGCCCAAGGAUGCAUGAAGAGUGCCUCAUCGUCUUCACGUGUCGAUCACACGCCUCAUAUAGCCAAUUGACACUGGAGGUCGCCAGGGGUCGGGGGCAACUUAGGGCUCGGGGGCAAUUCCGUGCUAUUUGAAAAACAAGUAAAACCUCAGAGGAACUGUCAUGAAAAGCCCCCCUAAAAUGCUCCUCAAGAUACGCUACUCUCCAGAAGUUAGAGAUAUUGGGCUCCCCAAAAAAAUUAUUUUACUUGAUUAAUAAAACACAUGUAAGUGAUAUCAUAAAAUAGAAUAUUGAAAAAAAAAAAUCACAUUCCCCACCUUGGCCACCUGGGGGCAGUAUAAAACAGACAGCAUUCCUUUCAGCUCACCAGUCGCUGUUCUUUGCAGAGGAUAAAGAAUAUAUGACUGAGGACUGUUGAAUUUUCCGUGUGCGAGUUCAAAUGUUUCAUCGACUUCAAUCUGAAAUUGCUCCCUCCCCCUAGCCCGAUAUCACUACCUUUCUGUAAGGAGUGUCAAAUGAAUUUAUUUAGCGCGCACACGCACACUUUGUGCCCUCGUGCCUUGCGUUGGUGGGGCAAAAGCAUCAGCGCAGCCGACGUCCUAAUUCAUUCCAAUCAUUUCCUACUCAUCGAAACUAUGACUUUGCUUUGUAGUUAACACUUGAUUUAGGAGCACAAGCGUCCCUGUAGGGGGCGGCAUUGACACAAGCGUCUUAUACCAACUCCCUGUAGGGGGCGGCAUUGACUGUCAAAGAUGUGAACCUACUAGCUGCCAAUGGCCAUGACUUGAUUCAACGACGACGGAGCGGUUGGCUCGGCAACAAGCCGCUGUCUCGGACUCUCGGCGGGCGGCGUUGUAACACUGGAAAUGUUUACGGAAUUAUCUGAUUGCACACGUUUGAGACAAAGGCUUUCAACUCGGUGGCGCUUAUCAGCCAUUUUGUGUGCUUUUUCUGAAGUGUUUCUAAUUUUUGCAGUGCAGAGCAAAGAAAAAAAAAACAAGUGUUCAUUGAUUUCAAUGUGUCCUCAAAUGAUCUGCUGUUUGUGCCAUUAUUUAUUGAUUUGUAAAUACCUUUUUGUACACUAUGUGCCAUUUCUCCUCCCUUUUUGGGAAGAACAGAGCCUGGCCGGCCAGCUUCCGCCAAUUGUUUCUUUGUGAUCGUACGCGUCAUUUUAGACGUGAAAAAAGAGAUGUUGGCCAAAAAUGGAUUGGCCAAAAUCAAUUCAGUGGAACCCCUAAAAUUGCGUUCCGUAUUGCCAGAUGGUUGUCAUUUUAAAACGACAUUUCUUUGUGUGAAAAAACUAAUGUGCCGUAGUUUGGGUGUUAGACACCCCGAAUUUGAACUCUACAAACUUUUUUUUUUUUGUUAACCUAAGAAGAUUCCGAAUCAAGAAUUGGUUUGAACCAGAAUCAAGUCAUUGAAAUUCAAAUGAUGUCCAACUCUAAAUGUGACUGCAGUUGGGGAUAGACCAACUCGUCACUUUUGGGGUUCCAUUUAAAAAAAAAAAAAACAUAAUUGUGCAUGCCAAAUGUUAGUCUCGGUCAGGCUCUUAAUUUCUUGAUUCAACAUAAAUGUCAGACUGAUGAUUUAAGGUUUGUUUGUUUAUUGUGAUGCUCCACUCCGGGUUGCAGCGUUAAUUGCUUUCUUUUCGUGUGACUUUGUACGCAAACUCUCCCGAACGUUGAUCCUGCAAUGACACGUGAAAGAUGACUAUUUUUGCACUAAUGGAAUAUUUAUGGCAUGACCCUUUAAUUCCCAACUCUUGUCCAUCGUUCAACGUAUCACCUUUUGUUUUCCUCGCAGGCAAAUGUAAACAACAACAAACACAUUCGAGCGUGCAUGUUCAAUUGAUCUAUUUAUUUCUUUUAAGGCCUAACUUUAUCCGUUGGCCCAUUUUGAAAGAAGUUGAAAGGCUUCCAACAUUCCACAGUGUGCGCUUCUCUCCAGUCUAAGGGCAUGUUCAAGGGAUUUUAAACAAACCGCAUGUUUUUUUGUUUAUUUUUCUAUGCCAGCUUGCCAAGAACAAUAAUGUGUACCCGUUAGCCAAUGUCGGAGCCGCCGUUUGAUACGCCGUCUUUCUUAUAUGAACGGAACAUGCAUGUCGUUUACGUGUCAGCAGCCUGCGUGUCAUGUUUGCCACCUCAGUGUUCGACUACAUGCAUUUUGUACUAUUUUUCUUAUGAUGGAAAGGUCAAGGUUGAAGGUCAUGAACAAAUAAAAGCUGC